AUGCCGAGUCACACAUGUGUAGAAGGUGAAGAUGUCGAAGAAGUAAAUGUAGAAGAUGUUGUGAAUGUGGAAGAUGAAGUUCGUGUGGAUGUUGAUGUGAAUGUGGAAGAUGGAGGCCGUGUGGAUGAUGGAGUGAAUUUGAUUUCUUCUUCAAGUAGUGGUUUAUUGGAGUCAUUCAUCGAGUCUGGAUUUGUGUACUCCAUACAAGUUGAUGAGAAUGGGUGUAUAGGAAGUUGUUUUUGGGCAGAUGCGAGAUCAAGGGCGGCGUACCAAUAUUUUGGGGAUGUUGUCACAUUCGAUGCUACAUAUUUGACAAAUUUGUAUAAGAUGCCAUUUGUGCCAUUUUUUGGAGUUAACCAUCAUCACCAAACCAUCAUAUUUGAUUGUGCUUUGUUAGUAAAUGAAACAGGCGAAUCCUAUGUUUGGUUAUUGAGAACAUGGCAAGAGGCAAUGCUUGGGCGUGCCCCUUCAACCAUAAUUACUGAUGAUGACAAAGCUAUGGCAAAAGCCAUUGUAGAGGUACUCCCAAAUACAACUCAUAGGUUGUGCUUGUGGUAUAUUUUACAAAAAUUUCCCGAACACUUGGCUCAUGUGUAUAAUAGAUUUCCAGACUUUGGUAAAGAUUUCUGUCAUUGUAUUCAUGAAACAAUUACAAUUGAGGAAUUUGAGCAGGCAUGGAGUUUUAUAUUAGUGAAGUAUGAGUUAGGAGAUAAUGCUUGGCUGCAAGGUAUUUAUAACCGACGUGAGAAGUGGGUUUCGGCUUACUUGCGUUCAACAUUUUGUGCAGGCAUGUCAACAACUCAAAGGAGUGAAAGCAUGAACAAGUAUUUUAAGGAUUAUAUUCGUUCAAGCACGAUGGUGAGUGACUUUGUGCAUCAAUAUGAGAAAGCAUUAGAUGCACGUUACUUUAAAGAAAAAGAAAAUGAUGUGUGA